AUUUUAUCAUCUUAAGAAUUUAAUAAUAAAUAUUAAAUAAUAAUUAAUAUUACAUGUCUUGUAGCCUAUAAGUUUCAAGUAUUCGCAGUUGUCCGCAACUAUUAACAUUGAACGUUUCUCAAGACGUAAGUUUUCAACGUUUUAAACGCUGUUCUUGAAUCUUGGUUGUCAAUAACUCGUAGAUAAAAAUUAUUUCUUAUUUAAUGACAUUUGACACUGGCGUGUAAUGUGAAACACAAGUGUGGCUCAGACCACAAUUUAAAGUUCGAAGAGGGGGUGCUAAACUACAUUUGUUCCAACGUUUAUAAAAUAUUAACCACUCACUGUUUUUAAUGUAUUUCAAAAGAUGUGAUUUCCAUAAAAAGAUGAAUAAUCAUAAUUUGUCACUCACAAAUUCUGAAACGCAAGUACAAAGAUCUGAUGAACAAUUUCCAUAUAGAUAUUAUUAUUUAAUCAAUCAUGAGGUGGCCUGUGAUGUGAAAUUAUUAACAGAUGACGGGACAGUAAUAUUUGCACGUAAAAUUGAUUUAGUAAAUGCUAGUGCUUAUUUCUAUGCAAUGUUUAAUAGAUAUAGCGAAAAGGAUAAAGAUCAUGUUCUCUUAAAAGAGUUAGAUUCCAUGGCUUUAAAACUCUUAGUAGAUUAUGUUUAUUCAGACAAUAUUGAGAUCACAGAAGAAAAUGUAAAGGUCUUGCUGUCUACUGCAGAUCAUUUAGGGUUCUUAUUUAUUUUAAAUAAAUGUUGUACGUUUUUACAAGACCAUUUAAGACCAUCAAAUUGUCUCAGUAUCAAAGCAUUUGCUGACUUAUAUAGUUGUUCUACGUUGUUGUCAAGUUCUGAAUUGUAUAUUAAACAAAAUAUAUUACAAGUGAUUGAAUGUGAUGAAUUCUUAUCUAUAUCCUCCGAAAGACUUGAAGAAGUCAUUAAGCUGAUCUCCUAUGUUGAACAAGCUGUUUCAAAUGAAAAACAAGUACUUGUUAAAUGCAUUAUGAAUUGGGUAAAUCAUGAAUGGUAUUUUAGAAAAGGUGUUUUGGCCGAAUUAUUGGAACACAUACAUUUGCCAUUAGCAUCAAAAUGGUGCAUAAUAAAUGGAGUUGAUAUGAGAUAUAAUAAUUCUAGUUUUUGGUUGGUCUUCACUGAGAUUGGUGGAUUUGAUGGUAACCACGAGUUAAAUGAAGUAGAAGUUUUUAAUGUCCAUACUGAGGAAUGGAAAAUGGUAUCUAGUAUGUCAACUAGUAGAGGUAGUGUUGGUGUUGGAGUACUCAAUAAUCUUAUAUACACAAUAGGAGGGUUUGAUGGAUUAUCAAGGCAAUAUUUUAGAUCAGUCGAAUGUUAUGAUCCAAGUUUUGAUAGAUGGAAAUCAAUAGCUGAUAUGUCUACAUGCCGUAGUAGUCCUGGAAUAGGAGUUUUAAAUGGUCUAAUGUAUGCUAUUGGAGGUCACGAUGGACCAUUUUAUCAUAAAAGUGUGGAAGUGUAUAAUCCAGACACUGGACUUUGGAGUUAUGUUGCUGAUAUGCAUGUCUGUCGAACAAAUCCUGGUAUGGGAGUUAUCAUAUUGCAUGGCUUAUUGUAUGUUUUGGGCGGAAGAAGUAAAUUUUAUGAUAAUGUUAGUUCAGUAGAAAUUUACAAUCCCAAUACCAAUACGUGGGAAUACAUGAUAACAGCAUCAAGUAAUGUUGGUAAAGUUUAUGGUGGAGUAAUUGUUAAUAAGUUACCACAUUUUAUAAUAAAUUAG